AAAUUGUGUUAAAAGUUGUGUCGUAUGUAGCGACAAGGGCAAUUUCUAGCCCAACUCUAUCAACCAGCUAAUUGUUGCGUGUAUGCCUUCCAUUACUGUUAUAAAAAGUCCUCCAACAAUUGCGGAGCUAAUUCGAGGGUUGGCAUUACUGUCACAAAGUAUUGGUCGUGUAUUAAUUGAGAACCUGAUUUUUUCGCUUUCAUAAAUUGCUCUGUUUUCACAAAGUUCAGUACGAAACAAGACUAGAAAAUUAUAAAUUUGUUCAAAUAAGUGAUAUAUAUUAAAAAUUUAAUAAGUACAACAAUACUCCGCCAGUGAAUAAUUCUUCAACGUGGAAUCGAUUAACGAAUCUUAAAAUUAUAAUGAGUGCUCAGCCUAGUCCCGCCUGCAUGACUCCUUCAACCGAACAGGAAAGAGUAUUUCAGUGGAUCAACGAAUUGGCACAUCCGGAGAGUCGUGAAACAGCUUUACUCGAGUUGAGUAAGAAACGUGAAACAGUGACAGAUCUCGCGCCAAUGCUAUGGCAUAGCUUUGGAACUACCGCCGCCCUUUUACAGGAGAUAAUUAAUAUUUAUCCAUCGAUUAAUCCUGCCACACUCACUGCGCAUCAAUCAAAUCGCGUCUGCAGUGCGCUAUCCCUACUGCAAUGCGUCGCAUCGCAUCCGGAGACGCGUACAGUGUUCCUGCAGGCGCAAAUACCAUUGUUCCUGUAUCCAUUUUUGCAAACAACAUCCAAAACUCGGCCAUUCGAAUACCUUCGACUAACAAGUUUAGGCGUAAUUGGUGCAUUAGUUAAGGCUGAUGAGCAAGAAGUGAUAACUUUCCUUUUAGCAACUGAAAUCAUUCCACUGUGUCUGCGAAUAAUGGAAACCGGUUCAGAACUGAGUAAAACUGUAGCUACGUUUAUUCUGCAAAAGAUUUUAUUGGACGAAAGUGGUCUCUCGUAUAUUUGUCAAACCUAUGAACGUUUUUCACAUGUUGCUAUUAUUUUGGGCAAAAUGGUAAUACAACUUGCCAAGGAGCCCUCUGCACGUUUGCUGAAGCAUGUCGUACGAUGCUAUUUACGUCUUUCUGACAAUCCCAGAGCACGUGAGGCUUUGCGACAAUGUCUUCCAGAUCAACUACGCGAUGCGACAUUUUCAGUAUGUCUCCAGGAUGACAAAUCCACCAAACACUGGCUACAUUUACUAAUUAAAAAUUUAGAGCUGGGUGUUGUCGCACCAACAGAUCCGCGUCAAAUCGGUAUGUCACCAUUGACGUCAUAAACAUCAGCAGCAACAGCAGAAAACGCGCCGUCUAAAGUACAUGUAACUACAUAUGAAGUGCAGCUAAAAGUGCCCCCAACUAACUAGUUUAAAAUAGUGAAUACGCAAGUUACAAAUAAUAUAACUUUUUACUUAAAAAAUUGUAAUACCCAUUAAAGCAAAACAAAUCAAAUUACACACAAUAUAACAAGGGAAUAUCUAAAUACUUAAAUACACAACAUACACACACACACAUACACGUAAUAUAUCUACAAGAGAAAAACAAAUACUUAAAAGUCGUGAUAGAAAUUGCAACAAUACGAAUGCAUUAUAAAAUAUAUAAAUAAUAAUUAUGAUAAUAAGGAUAAAAUAUAUAAAAUGGAGACUGUUUAUAUGAUAAAAAAAAAACACAAACAAAAACAAAAAUACGGGUUUAAAUAAAAAGCCCAAAAAAAGAGCGAAAAUUAAAUAAUUACUGAUGAAAAUAAUAAGGAAAUUUAUGUAGAAAAUGAGUGAAUAUUAACUAAAUUAUGUAAUAAUUAAGGAAUGGCGGUACCUAAAAAAUUAAAAUCGAAAGUAAUAAAUAAGUAUCUAAUUUAUAUGCAUUACUCAUAUAGCUAUAACUUGGAAUUUUGCUAACAAAAAUGCUGAUUUCAUUGCUUUCAGCCACAUGUAAUCGCAGGCGAAUGUAAUCACUCUGAGAUUAAAUAAGAAAAUCAAAUUAAUUGCUUUUCUAUUUAAUGUAAUAAUAAUCAUAAAAUUGGCUGUUAAGCAGAUCUACCCAGAUGUGUAUACUGCAUGCAGAUACAUACUUACACGUAGUUGCAAUAGUAUUGAACGAAUAUUAAAUAUAAAUACGAAAAUAGUUUUCGUUUUCAAAGUUGGCUUAAACUUGCGUGGUUGACUUACGUAAAGGGCAAAAGCAGAGGAACCUGUAUUUUAAUUUAAGUGUGCAACAAUAACUUCUUAUAUUUUAUAUUGAGGAGUUUGACACCACAGUCUAGCAAUUAUCGAAAUAUAUGUUUUUAAAUGAACUUUGUGUAAAUUUAGGCAAUAACUUUGAACUAAAACAUUAAUGAAUGCGCAGCCUCAUGCAUAAAGGUUCAUAAAUGAAUGAAUUAUACUCUUUGUAAUUUCAGUAAUUUAUCAUUUAAUCACUGCAAGAACUUUAAACGCGAAGCAUACAUUUUCGUCUGAAUGCCUUAAAAAAUUUUGUCUGCAAGUGACAAAAAGUGUGAUUAAAACGUGUCACCGAAAUAUUGAAACAGUAAUUCACUAAACGAUAUAUUAACUAUGCUAUAAGGUAUAUAUCUCAAUUUUUUUUUUUUUUUGCAAAGAACUCACACAGCAACAACGUUAUAUAAUUGGAAAGCCUCGUGUUUAAUAUAAUUUCUUAUAAUCCUAAGCUAACAGCAAUUGUAUUAAGUUCGACAUACAUCCAUAUACAUACAUAUAUACUGCAUUGUACUCCACCACUUCUCAAUAAUCUCUUGAGACUUAAAUAAGCCCACUUUACAGGGACCAUUUUGAUUAUGAAAUGUUGAUAUCAUUUGUAAAAAAUGUAGAAUUAAGCAAUUUGAUAUUUUUUAAUAUGUAAAGCCGCCACUAUUUGUACAUUACAAGCAUCAAUAUAUUUAAAUUGUAUAAAAAGUUUUAGCUUAAAAUGUUUGCCAAAAAAUAAAAUUUAGCUAUAAACGCAAUUAAAAUAUUCAAAAAACUCAUGUUGCUUUGCUAUCAGUAUGUGAAUGAAGGUAGUGGAUUGCAUUUCCAGUCUAGUUAACCUAAAACUUGAUUGCAGUUUUACUACCACAUUCUGAGAAAAAUAUACACAUAAUUUUAACUUCAUCGAAUUAGAACAAAAUUAUACUUCCAAAAGUGUUUGUUGAACAUUGAAAAUAAAAGUUGCUAAAACUUGCAAAUUACAUAUAUUAUUUUUCUUCGGCACAUCAAUGCUGCUUGGCUUUCCUUCCACAUUGUUGUGGCGGGUAAGAUUAUAACAUUAAAUACUUGAAAGAAUAUCAACACCUUAUUUAAUAAAAGAAGCAACGAAAUUUUUUUGAAACGACAUUUCCAUUCAUUUUCAUGCAUUCUGCAUUUGAAUUGCUUGCAUUUUAUAUUCUAAACAAAUUGUAAUUCAAAAGUGCAAGUAAAUUAUAAUACAUUUGAGAAUUAUAUUUAUAAUACUUUUGGGCACCAGUACCAGUAAUUGUUUUUCUACAAUGAAAAUGCAGAAAUAUUUUUCUAAUAUGUGUUUUGUAAAUGAAAGGUGCUUUUACCAAUGGCGUGAGCAUUAAAACAUUAUAAGCACAUAACCAACGAAUACUUACGAAAAUUAACUACUUUCUAUUAGAGAUCAACCGUAAAGUCAAUUGAAAGAUAUUAUUUGUGAGUGCCAGCAUGUCUGUUGUAAUAAUUAGUAAAAGCACAGUUCUAAAUAAUACUGGGUAACAAUUAAAAAUAAAAAAAAUAUUUGAGUUUACGAAAAUAGAUAUGAAAAUGCAUAGCAAAUAUAAGAGUAUUUAUAUAUGUGAGUAGCUAAAGAGAAAUAAGAUACUUCACAUGUCUUUGCUAAAGUAAAAUCGUAUUUAGAAUAAAGUACCAUAAAUGAAAUGACGUGGAGAAAACCUAACUGUAACAGAUAAAUAUUGUGAUUUUUCUUAAUUUUUGUACAGUAUCUAUGUGGUGUUGAUUGAUGCUGUUCGGCUCAAAAGCUCUACACAAACUUGUGCGACACGCAUUUUUUCACUUCCAUGAGCUUCGCAGAGUGCGACAAACAAAACUUAUAAGGCUAAAUCUGAAUUUUAAAAAAUUAUUGAAAGCCAAAGCCUACAUGUUGAAUAGAAGCAUUUUUGAGAGUUAAUUACAAGUUUUAUACACACAUUUUUAAACUAUUUGAUGAACAAGCGUAUGAAACUACAACUGAAUAAAACUUUUCAACUGCCGCAAAAAAAUCAUUGAACUAGUUAUAUGUGUACAGUGUAAAGUUUUAGCUGUCGAAUUUCAUAAAUUCGAAAACUUAAAACCUACAUCCCACAACUUCGCAUCAUAUAAUUUCGUAUGUGAUUUAAUUAUAAGUAUUGACCUUAAUGCUAAAUAAAAUUUUUUUUGUGUAAUAAAUUUUUGUAUCCUUGUUAUUCAUUAUUAUUUGAACUUUUAAGUAACAUAACAAGUAAACAAAUCUUUGCUUGGCGGCAAACGCACUGUUGCGCACAACGCAUUCAACACUUUUAGCUGCAAAACAUUGUAAUAUAAUUGAAUAAUUUUUAAACUUUAAAUUUAAUUUUGAUAGUUCGUUUAAUACUGUAGAGAUUCUGUUUAGUCGAAAGAAAAAAGUUUAUAAUCUCCUUAAAAAUGAACUUUUACACUUAUAUUUGAA